ACCGCCAAGGCAUCAUCUUAUCUAAUCUUCUUCAUUCCACAUGGCAAGCAGCCAUUUGCCAUUCCUUCUCACCAUCACAAACCCAAUAAGAAGUCGGACAAACUUACCCCUUCCUUCCCUCGGGAAACUUCUCUGCGUCUUUGAGCUCGCAAGAUCCCCAUGGAAUGAUGGCAUCUCGACUGUUUUGCUAGCCUCCGCUUGCUGUUCCCUCUUCAGGCGCCUUGGAGACCAAGAUAAUUAUGCCAUGCAAGUCCUCAAUGCAGCAGGCCUGGCACCAGUAGCCUCACUCCACAAGGCCACUCCCUCCCUCGAGAGGAGACCCGAGCCUAGGCGGCUCCUCCAAUUCAGGCUCCCCAAGCUUGCAGCCCUCUCCUCGAUUUUUGGUGCUGGUGGCCUCGCCAAGGCCUUGACCUACGAGCAAGCUCUCGACCAGACCGUCGGCAGCUCCUCCCUCGACUUCGAUGUGGGAGGUCUCCUCGAUGGGAUUGUGAAUUUUGGGACCGAGAAUCCCCUGCUCCUCGGCGGUGGCGCCCUGGUACUAGCGGUGCCCCUCAUUCUGUCGCAGAUCCUGAAAAAGCCCAAGAACUGGGGCUUGGCGUCCGCCAAGAGUGCCUAUGCUAAGUUGUCCGAGGACGGGAACGCGCAGCUGUUGGAUAUAAGGGAAGGGAAGGAUUUCAAGGAGGUGGGCAGACCGGAUUUGAGGGGAUUGAAGAAGAAAGCGGUGGCGAUCGCGUAUAAAGGGGAAGACAAGCCGGGGUUCCUGAAGAAGCUCGAAUCGAAGUUUAAGGACCCAACCAAUACCACCUUGUUCAUUCUCGACAAAUUUGAUGGUAAAUCUGAAUUGGUUGCGGAACUGGUCACCGUCAAUGGUUUUAAAGCAGCUUAUGCGAUAAAAGAUGGUGCAGAAGGACCUCGGGGAUGGAUGAAAAGUGGUCUUCCAUGGGUGGAACCAAAGAAGACUUUAACUCUUGAUUUUGGUGAUCUAAAGGAUGCAGUUACUAGUGGAUUUGGAGAUGGUUUAGAUGGUCUUCCAAUUACUCUUGGACUUGCAGCUGCCACUGGCUUAGGUAUAUUUGCUUUUACAGAGAUAGAAACUCUGCUCCAGGUUUUAGGGUCUGCUGCUCUUGUUCAGUUAUUCACCAAAAGAUUCUUGUUUGCAGAAGACAGGAAGGUUACUCUUCGACAGCUUGAUGAGUUCUUGAACACCAAGGUCGCUCCUAAAGAACUAGUUGACGAGAUUAAGAUGAUUGGCAAGGCUCUCCUACCAGCAGAUUCUAAUGCGAAGGCUAGUCUACCAGCUCCCACAGAUGCUUCAGCAGCUCCUGCUCCAACUCAAAAAACUGAUGCUGUAACCUCAACUGAACCUCUCCCAGCAGUCAACUCAGUUCCCAAAGCUGAAGUCAAGGAAGAGUCACCUCCUGUGACACCGAGACCUCUUUCACCUUACCCAUAUUAUCCGGAUCUCAAACCUCCAUCUUCACCUUCUCCGUCACAGCCGUAGAGGAUCUGCUUCGUUAUGUUGGUUUCAUGGGAUCACUCUUCUCAAAUGCAUGGUCGGAUGACAGAGCGUUCAGUAGGAAAAGAUGUUUGGAAGGCCAGAUAUCCUCAAAUUGGUUGAUUUAAGAUAUAGUUCUAAAAAGGAUAAUUACAUAUGUAAAUUGUUCAUCGAUAAGAACUGUUACAUGCAUUUUCUUCCCUUGGUUUUCUUCAUGGAAAGCAGAAAACAGUUCAUGUGCUUGUUACUUGAGAUACCUCUUCGAGUUUUGAGUUCUGAUAAAAAAAGGAUCAAAUAUGAGUUAUCGGGAGUGUGUUAUGGAACAUUUUAUGAAGAAUGGAUAGUAACUUUCAGGAA